AUGGGCGGAAACACAAUCUCCAAAGUUACCAAAACACUUCCGAAAAAUCCUGCCUCUGUUUUGCAAGAAGCAAAAGCUUCUCGUGCAGUAGCAAACAAUGCUGCCAGUACAUCAUUUUCUUCUCCAACAUCUUCAUCUAAAUUUUCCAAGAGAGAAGAGGAAGAUAAAUGGAUGGAAGACCAAGCAACCAGAGUAGUCGGAGAUGAACAUAGAAAAGUAAGACUUGUUGGAUAUAAUCUUCCUGGAGAGGAUGUAAAAUAUGUUUCACGAGAGGAUUAUGAUGUCAUGGAGGAAUGGAAUAAUCUUGUAAAGGAGCAAGGAGUUAAAGGAUUGGAACAAGUUGAAAGGGAAAUGAAGGAAAUGAACGAUAUCAAUGUUGAAGAACGUAAAUAUUGGGAAGAACAACAAUUGAAGGAAGAAUAUAAAAUUUCCUCUGGUGUUGCAGCAGAUGAGAGCCCUGACGAAUCAAAUGUUAAAUUAACACCAGAACAAGAAUUAUUAAUGAAAUUAUCUGGAAAUGCACAAGUGAAGGAUUUGACAGAUUCAGACAAUAAUAAGGAGGAUGAAUAUGAAAAAUUAGUGAGUCAAAACAAGGAUGAUGAUUUCGUGCAUCACUUACAAAAUAUUACUUCAACUUUCAAAGUACAAACUAAUGAAGUUGAGGAAACAACAAAUACUGAUUAUACUAAUGUAGUGGGUAAAGCUCGUGCUCGUCCAUUAUUCGAAGAUAUUCACAAUGAUUCUGGAAGAGUUUAUUUACCACACAACAAUCAACUCAAUGCUGGUGAAGAUAAGGAAGAACUUGCAAGAGGAAUUAUAACAAGUAUAUCCGGUAAUAAUAAUCCAAGAGCUGUAAGAGGUAGAUUCUAUCCUGAUACAGUCAAAGAUGUGGAAUUGAGAAAAUUCUGUGAUUUGAAGAGGGAAUUGGAAUAUGCCAAUACAGAACAAUCGAAUAAGGAUGCUGAAGCUCUGCUCAAAGAUUUUGCCUCACAACAAGCCAUGAGUGAAGAAACAUUGAAGAGUAUUUUGAAAUAUUCAACCACAACAAAAACUCGAACCAGUCAUACUGCUAGGAGACUCUCUCGAAUCUAUCGAUCCUCACCAUCCUCACCAUCAGUAGUAGUUGUACAGAGUGGUACUGCUGAAAACUAUCAUCAGGAUAAUUCCUUUGCUGUUGAAGAGAAUACAGAUGAUCCGAAUGUUAUGGCUGAUGAUGAACAAGAUGAAGAGGAGGGAGCACUCUCUCCACCACAAAUCAUUACCAAAUCACCGACUCCUUCUUCAUCUUCUCCAAAUUUCAAACUGAAUCUUGCUAAUAUCAAAUCUUACCAACAACAACAAAACAAUUCAAUCAAUGAUGCUUCAUUAUCAACAACAUCUAAUAAGAUGUCUUCUAUUCAGCAUAUUAUGAUUAAAACACCGAGAGGAAGAAGUGUUUCGGAGGCUGUUCUUCCAAACUCUGCAAGAGUCAGUAGUAGUAACAAUUCAUUGGAAUCCGAGUCAGAGUUUUAUCAAGUACCAGCAGUCAAUUCUUCUGGUCGAUUCACAUCAAGAACAAGUCGAAUGAAUAAUAAUUCGAGUACUAGGAGAACUAAUCAAUCAUCACCAUAUUACAUUCCUCCUUCUUCUUCUACUCAAUCACCUCGUUCAAUUCUCUCCAAUUAUAAUAAUAAUAAUAACAAUUCAUCAUCAACACCAAGAACCCGAUCACCAGCCAAUCAAUCACCUCGAUCAGCUCUCACACCCAGACAAGUUACCUUCUUUGAUGAGUCACCUAACCAGUUGCCUCAUUCAGCCAAUGCCAUACUCUUUAAUCAGCAGCAGCAAAUGAGUCCCGAUUACAUUUUCCAAUUAGCAGCAGCAACAAAUUCAAAUAAUAAUGCUAUUGGCAGUAGUGGCAAUAAUAGUCGAUCUCAAUCACCAGCAACAACAAACAAAUUGGCGCCAAAACAUUUACAAGGCAACUUGAAAAUUCCUCACGAAAAAUAUAUCACAACACCAUCACCCAAUGGUGGAAAUGGAUCAAAAUCACCUUUGGCACCAUCGGUUUACGAGUCGAUUUUUGGAGUGCCUCAUUCAAAGCAAUCACUCAUGUUUAGGCACAGUUAUGGAAAUGAAUUUGAGGCGAGAGGAGAGGAAGAGGUUGUUGAGGAUUUGAGUUUCAAUCACAAAAGUCCAAAUUAUAGUAAUAAUCAAUCGAAUAGGACUGCCUCUCCGCAAUUAACACCAAGAAGAUUGGCACAACAAAUGACAUCUUCUAUUAAGGCACGUCUUUCGCCGAGAAAUAAGGCAGAGAAGGAGGGAUUUUCUGGACUAGUUGAUGAAAGUAGUUCAUUGGAAAUGAACCAAAAUGUUUUCUCAAAUGAUAUUGGAAUAAUUAUGCAUUCUCAUGAUGAUCAUCUAAAUGAUCUUAAAAGUGAUGAUGAGAGCUCUGUGAGACAUGUCGUUCAGGAUAUUGACAUGCACGAGGUUAUUGCGACUGCUAUGGAUGGAAUGAAAUCACACCACGUUCAAACCAUUUCAGCAGAUAGUAUCAAUAGGGAGGGAUCAACUCUUUCAGUGAGUCCAAAUUAUUUGAUACCAAACAUGGAUUCAACAGAGUCAAGUUGCCAAUCCCCUCCAACAACUUCACAAUUAGUCAUGGCUGCUAGUGUAACAAAUAUUAACAAGCCACCCAUGCAUACCUAUUCCACUUCUGAUUUGACAACCAUCAGUCCAGGUAUGAUGAAAGGGAGAGCCAGUGUUGGAACAGAUGCUGAGGGAAAAUCAGUUGUUUCAAAUCACAAGAAGAAGCAAUUAUUCAAAGUUAAAACUUGUUGUGGUACCAUUGAGCUGUCUGUUUUCAAGCUUUUUGCACUUGCUGCACUCUUUGUAAACACUUUGGCCUUUGUGUGGCUUGCUGUAUUGCUUUCCUUAAUUUAUGUCAAUCAAAUUGACCAGUACACCCUCGAGACAACUCCAAGUUUAAAAGCCACACAAAGUAUACAAUACACCAGAGCAAUGAUGUCCUAUCUCACUAAAGUAACUGCAUAUUCAUCGACUUGUGCUCCACUACUUUUACAAUAUGAAAACUUUACUUAUUACAACGAAACUAUGUACAUUAACAGGUUUGAAGCUGACUAUUUGGCAUUAAUGAGCGAUCUUAAUGCCUCCAAAGCUGUUCUAUCUCAAGAAAUUGUAAAUAAUUUGGAAAAUUCUUCCUUUAUGGGAAAAGAUUUAGAGGCAUACCAAUUAUUGAAAAAUGGUCAACCUUUGGAAGCUCUCAAAUUAUUGGAAAGUAAUGAAUAUGUAAAACAGUACAAGAUGGAAAAAGAUACUGUAGUAGACCCUAUUUCUAGCUAUUUUGAAGCUCUAGGAUUGAAGAAAACAUAUGAAAUGUCAUUUUUAUCAUUGAUGGGUCUGAUUGUGGUUGCCUGUGUAUUUGCAUUUGUGGUUCCUCUAUUUAUUUUCAUUUUGGUUUGUGCUUUCAAUAGAGAUAGCUUACAUUUGGAAAGAUUGAAUAGAGCCAAUGCAGUUAUGCUCAUGGAUACUAUGAACAAUGAAAUACUCAGAGACCUUUUCAAAAAGCAUUGCGAGAUCGAGUAUGCCUCAGAGAAUUUCUCAAUUUUGGAAAAGAUCAAUGAAUACAAACAAUUAUGUGAAAAGAGUUUUGAAAUUCAAGUGGCACUAUUUGAUAUUGAAAAUAAUGGACCAAACGAAUUGGAUGUUUCCUCACCUGUAAAGAGAAGGCCAGGAACUGUUGAAAUCGAAUUUCCUAGCUCACCUAUUUCUCCAAUGAGAAGAAAGCAAUCUUCUGCUGAUAAUAGAGAUUCAAAGAGAAUGAAACUAUUUAAACGACAAUACUCUGAAAAGGAUUUAGAACGUAUUGAACAAGAAAAGUAUGAAAUUGCAUUCGAAAUAUUCACUGACUAUCUUGAUGUGAAUGGAGAAAGGUCUAUAAAUAUUAACAAAACCCUUUCAGAUAAGGUAAAAGAACAAAUGGAUGGCUAUGCCAAGGGUAUGAUUGACUUUUUGUCAGACAAUUUGUUUGACAUUGUAGAAUUAGAAGUUUGUGUAGUAUUGCUAGAUACUCACUAUCGUUUUAAGGAGAGUUUGAGUUUCCAAAAACAAAUGAAGAUUGACAAGAUCAAUAAGGCCAAACUGGUACGAAAACAUCGUACAAGAAGUUCAAGAUAUUUUCAAUAA